AUGGAUAUCGAGAACAAGACGACGACACGGGAUGACUUUGGUGUUGACAAUUUUCAAGAGAAUGGAUUUGCUGUUUGUCCUGCCAUUAUCACAGAGAGUGAGGCAUCCAAUGCCCUCGAUCAAAUAAGAACACAUUUUGGAAACGACCGUCCUCUCGAGGAACUCCAAGGGAAUGAUCGAUUCAAAAUCCAUCUCUUUUUGUCAGAAUUAAGUCGCAUAGUGCACCAUCCUACCUUGAUCCAAGCGGUACGGCAAGCGCUGCAGACAGAGUCCAUUGCUCUGUGGUCCUCGGAUCUCAACAUUAAAGCACCGAAUUCAAAGCAGUACUUUAGCGAACACCAAGAUGCUACCUAUACUGGAUUGCAGCCAGCUCAUCGUGGUUUGACAGUGUGGGUCGCCUUGUCCGAUCCGGUGGGCAUCCAGGAGGGGUGUUUAUCUUUUCUACGAGGAUCGCACAAAUUGGGACAAUUGCCACAUUUCGAAGAGGAUGAUGGGACAACCAACAAUAAUAAUGGCGACAAUAUGCUCAGUCGAGGACAACGCGUACUGUAUGAUCCUCAAACGCUGGAUAGCAAUUGGAUCUCUCUUCCACUACGAGCAGGCGAAGCUACACUGCAUCAUUUCUAUACCAUUCACAAGUCGGGACACAAUCUGCACCCCACAAAAGCAAGGGUGGGAUUGGCACUGCGGUAUAUCGCACACGACGUGAGACAAACUGGUCCCGUCCGAGAGUGCAUUACGUGGAUUGAUGACGAUACGGAUGAUGGAACUUCCAAUGCAGCAAAGCGACAAUUAUUGAUGAGUGAAUACUUUGAUUUGGAACCAAGGUUGCCCACAAAUCCAAGUGACGCGGAUAUUCAGCGGGGGAAAGAGGCGCAUGACGAAGCAAUGCGUCGUGAGGCGUCCAAUUACUUUCAUGACAGCUCCACUGCUAAAGCUUAUGAUGGAUGA